AUGAGCCCCUCCGUCCGCGCCAGCGCGUUGGUCCGCACCCCGAGCCCGGGCCGCUCUUUGCCCCCGGGCAGCGGCGCGAGGAAGUCCACGACGCCCCGGCACCGGCGAAGCGGGCGGGGGCGCCCCUCGCCGCACUCCCAGCAACAGCCGCGGUCCUCCAGCGCGGGUCACGAGGCGCAAGGGCACACGGCACGCCGCUGGGACCACCUACAGGAGACGCUGGAGCGCAUCCGUGAGGCGGUCCGGCGGGACAAUGCGGCCGCCGGUGCCCAAGUGCCGAGCUCAGCUCUCUCCGACGCCGCCGCCGCCGCGCUGCACGCCGACGAGGGGUGGCUGGCCGACUCCGGGUACCUCACCAACAACGGCAGCGGCAGCAUGAACACCGACGCCGUUGGCGCGGACGACGCCUCCUCGCAGCCCGCGCUUUGCGACUCCACAGGCCACGUGGACGGCGGGGCGCUGGGCGCGGGUGACUGCCGCAGCUUCCCGUGCAGUCGCGGGCUGAGUUUUCUCACGUCGCAGCGUUCCCUCUCCGCGGGCGACGCCCCGCGCGAGGUCACGGAGACGCACGCCUACGCCGGGCAGGACGCCGCGCCCGUGCGGCCCUCCUCGCCGUCUUGCGAGCAGCGUCGCUCCUCCCGACGAGAGGACCUGCCGCGUUGCAGCGCCGAGUCCCCUCCGCCCCUGGCGGCGGCGGCGGCGGCGGCGGCGGCCCCCCACUUGCAUCCGUCGGGGAGCGCCGCGGCACUUUCGUCGGGGACGCAAGCCUCCGAGGCGCCGACCUCGCCGGAGGGUGGGUUUCUUUACUCCGCCUCGUCCGCGAGCCGCGGGGCGGGGGCAAACGGCGCCGCUGUGAGCCACAUUGAAGCGCUUCGGGAGGGAUUUGUGGAGCUCUGCGGCGCCGUGCGGGAGGACCUGCACGCCCUGCACACCCGGGUAAAUGGGCUGCAGCGACAACAGGCGGAUCUACAGCAGCAGCAACCGUCCAAGGCGGAGUGUCCGCCUGCUUGGCAGCUGGGGGGGAGUUCCCACGCGAGGGCUGCGGCGAGAGAGCCGCAGUCGUCCAUUCAGUACGAAAAGCUUUUGGCCGAGCUGCAGCAGUACACCGUUUCGACCGUCCACAAGGCCCUUCAGCGGCAGCUGCAGCAACUAAGACAAGAACAAAAGGGGAGCUAUCCGACCCCUUUCGGAGUUGCUUCGUCGCCCCCAGAGGCGAUGCUCUUCACCUCACUUCAUGCACAGCCAGCAUCGCAGCCGCAGCCGCAGCCGCAGUGGAGCUCGGUGCCUCCGGGUGACAUGUACGGUUUGUCGCCAGAGGCGUUUGACGCCCACGUGCGUUCCGCCGUUCGCUUCAUCCUGCAGGAGGACAGCUUCCGACGCGACGCGGAGGACGUCCUCGCACAGCAGCAGGCCCAACGCCGCGACCUCAAGGCGUCGCGGCGGCAGUGCAGGCGACACUGCGCCAAACUGGAGGAGCAACUUGCCGCGGUUGCGGAGGCCAUGGAGUCAACGCGUCUGGAGUUGGAGGAGCUGCGGCUGCGGACGCUGCCGCCACCGCCACCGCCACCGCCACCGCCACCGCCACCGCCACCGCCACCGCCACCAGCGCCGCAGCCUCCUUUAAUGCCACUCGCGAGGGCGGCAGAACUGCAGGUUGCCGCCCGCGCGGCGACGGCCAACAGCGCGGUGCCGGCCGCGUGGGAGGAGCGGUUGGUGCGGCGCGUUGAGCUCCUCAUCGCGGACUCCGAGGAGCGCUGCUUGCAGCGCGUUCGCGGGGAACUCAUGCGGCCCGUGCUGGAGCACGUGCGCCGGUUGAUGUCGGCCCACCAGUCUAUGAUUGACACCGUCGUCGAGAGCCGUUGUGCGCAGUUCGAGGCCUACGUGGAGCGUGACCGUCAUGGGUGGGAGCUGCAGCUGGCGGAGCUGCGCUCGCGCGUCAGUUCACUUCGCGGCGACGUGCAUCGCGCACUGAGGGAUCUCUGCGAGAACCUCAAUGUGGCCUGCCCGGGCCUCUGA